AUGCCGAAGUAUGCGAAAUUCUUGAAGGACAUCCUUUUGAAUAAGAAGAAGCUUGAGGAUAUGUCCUGUGUGGUGAUGAAUGAAAGCUGCUCUGCCAUUCUUCAAAAUUGUCUGCCCACGAAGAUGGGAGAUCCGGGCAGUUUCACGUUUCCUUGCUUGAUUGGAAAUAUGGCUGUUAGCCAUGCACUGGCUGAGUUGGGAGCGAGUAUCAACCUUAUGCCCUAUAAGGUUUUUACAAAGUUGGAUCUAGGUGAGCCGUCACCUACACGGAUGAGCAUUCGACUAGCUGACCGUUCUAUCAAGUAUCCACGUGGAUUUUUUGAGAAUAUGCUUGCUAAGAUUGACAAGUUUGUGUUUCCCGUGGAGUUUGUUAUCCUGGAUAUAGAUGAGGACUCUAGGGUGCCUUUGAUUCUCGGACGUCCAUUCUUGAAUACCGCCCGGACCAUUGUAGAUGUUGCUGCGAGCCAGAUUACACUCCGAGGCACGAUUGAGGAGAUGGAUUCGGACACACAUCUGUUGUGUGGGGACCUAGAUGGCAUUACGCAUAAGGGCCACGAUUUCGAGCAGCCAGUCUAUCAGAUUGGUGAUGAUGGUUCCCAGAGUCUGGAUCGAUUUACAGAGAUUGAUCGUGAGGAUGAAGAAAAGUCGAAGCCUUCGGUUGAAGAUCCCCCGUCCUUGGAGCUUAAGGAGCUUCCGCCCCAUUUGGAGUACGCAUUUCUAGACGAGGAGCGCCGUUUGCCGGUUAUUAUCUCAUCAUCUUACGACUUCAUAAGAAAGCAAUCGCGUGGAAGAUAA